AUGAAGACAACUUGUGUGUACCUGCUGCUCGGGCUGGUGCUGAUGGGGAUCUGGGAUUCUGAAGCUGAGUCUCUUGGGCCUCCAGUCCCUGCUGUCUGCUGCUUUUCUUUCAUUGGGUUUGCAAUUCCAGCCAAUAAAAUUAAAAGUGCCGUGAAAACAAGCCCAGCUUGUGUAAACAAAGCCGCUGUUGUCACAACUGAAAAGGGCAACAACUUUUGUGUGAAACUAGAUGAGCCUUGGUUGGCAAGCAUAAUCAAAGAUUCAUAAAUUUAAAAUAAAUUUUGAUCAUUUUGAAUGAUCGCUUUAGACUGUACACCUGUCCUUUCUUACAAAAUACACUUUCACAAAAUGAUGUAUUAAAUAAUUUUGUACUCAAACUGUGCUCAAAUCAACAAAUUUGCUACAUGCUUACUAAAAAUGUUAAUGAAUAAUAAAACAGAAGCUUA